UUAAUCAUCACACGACUUGUUCUUCUAUUUAAUAAACGUUUAAAUAGAGAGUUAUAGAUUUUUGGAUUACACGUGAAGGCACCAUUCGGAGGGUGACUGGUUUUCAUUUCGAGAACUCGAAACCGAAACCUAGACUUUUGCUGGAGUUGACACUGCACACUCGUGACACCGUCGACCGCCGAAUAAUUCGGUCUCUUAAACAUAUUUUUUUACACAUGACGAUUAAUUAACGAUGGAUGCUGACGAUUACGUAGCCAGACUAAACACUUACAUUCAAAGAAAAGGACAGUUGAAACUCCACUAUGAAGACGCAGGAACUGAAGGCCCGGAUCACAUUAAAAAAUUUGCCAUAAAAGCUGUUGUCAAUGAUAAGGCCUACCCAGAAGGAGUGGGGGAAAACAAGAAGGAAGCCAAACAAAAGGCUGCCAAGCAUGCUCUGUGGGGCUUAUUGAAAGAGACAGAGAGUGCAUCAGAUUCCUCUGUGGGACUGGUCCAUUCUCAUGAUGAUCAUGUAUCCUGGCUCUAUUCUUACGGUAAAAAAAUCAACAUGCACAUCACCUGUAACACCGAGUUCACCACAGGCACGACUUUUCAAUGUAGAUUUUUAGUUGGAAGGAUUGAGUAUCCGGCUGGAACUGGGACAACAAAGAAGGAAGCUGAGGAAGAAGCUGCAAAGCUUGCUUAUCUUAAGAUAAAUGCUUCAGUGACUGGAGAUGAGAAACCCUCUUCUACCUCCAGUCAACAAACGGAAGACAUGAGGAAAAGUAUAUCGGAGAUCUGUGACAAGACACACAAUUUGAAGAUCAAAGAUGACUUUGUUGAGCCAAAUUUUAUCGGACACAUCCUCUCCAUCUGUCAGAGAACAAAUCGCAUUCAUAAUUUCAUCGAAAUGGAGAGAAGUGGCCCUCCUCAUGACCUUAGAUUUGUCUACAAGUUAGUGAUCGAUGAACAGCACUAUCCUGCGGGUGAGGGGAAGAGUAUUAAGGAAGCCAAACAAAAGGCUGCUCAGUUGGCCUUAUCUGACCUUCGUAAGGGUUUGGACAGUGAGACUGGAGAUGAGAAACCCUCUUCUACCUUCAGUCAACAAAUGGAAGACAUGAGUGACAAGACACACAAUUUGAAGACCGAAGAUGACUUUGUUGAGACAAAUUUUAUCGGACGCAUCCUCUCCAUCUGUCAGAGAACAAAUCGCAUUCAUAAUUUCAUCGAAAUGGAGAAAUGUGGCCCUCCUCAUAACCUUAGAUUUGUCUACAAGUUAGUGAUCGAUGGACAGCACUAUCCUGCGGGUGAGGGGAAGAGUAUUAAGGAAGCCAAGCAAAAGGCUGCUCAGUUGGCCUUAUCUGACCUUCGUAAGGGUUUGGACAGUGAGGUUUCACCUUCUCGUGCCAAUAAUCCACCAACCAACCGGAAUUCCUCAGCCACUGUGCCGUCCCCUAAUGUUCAGUUAAAAAGACCAUCUACAGACAUCUCAAUUCGCUUUGUUGAUUCUUCUCCCAAAAUUCAGGGUAAAAGUCCAGACUGGAAACCUAAAGUAAAAAUUGCAGCAAAUUUCCCAGAUAGGUGCCAACAAAAGGACGCGAAGAGAUCAGAUGUCAAAGGGGACCAUACCUCAAGGUUCAAGGAGGACUUUGAUGUGGUAGAACACCUUGGCAAUGGAGGCUUUGGACAUGUUUUAAAGGCUAAACACAAGUUGGAGGGAAAGUACUAUGCUGUGAAAGCUGUGUCUUAUACAGAUAACUCUAGGCGUGAGGUGUUGGCUCUAUCAGAGUUUCAACACGACAACGUUGUGAGAUACUACACAUGUUGGUUGGAAGACGGUGCUUACCAGUCUUCCAGUGCAAGUCACUCUUCCUGUCCAUUCUGUAGGUCCCCGCCGAAGAAGUCCCUUCAUAUUCAGAUGGAGUUGUGUGAGGCCAAUACUCUCUGUAUGUGGAUAGAUGAUAAGAAUGAAAAGAACGUGGAGCGUUCACAAAGAAGACAGGACAGCCUUGCCAUUGCAAAGCAAAUAGUGAGUGGCGUCGAGUACAUUCAUUCCAAAAAGUUUUUUCACAGAGACCUGAAGCCUGCCAACAUCCUGUUUGGGUCAGGAGAAGUCAUUAAGAUUGGGGAUUUUGGCCUUGUUGCUGACGACGAGAGAAAAGAGAGAACCGGAAACCCGGGAACCCCGAGUUAUAUGGCGCCUGAGCAGAAAUACAAGAACAUCUACGACCGGAAAGUGGACAUAUUUGCUUUGGGUCUCAUUUUUUUCGAGCUCCUCUGCCAAAUCUAUACCAUGACUGAAAGGGAACGGCUUUGGGAUGAUGUCAGAAAUAACAGACUUCCUGCAGAGUUUACACAUCAUUUCCCUGCAGAGGACCAAAUGAUUAAGGCGAUGCUUAAUUCGAAACCAGAAGACCGGCCUGAAGCAAGUGAACUCAAGACCGACCUUGAAGCGUGUGCUCGUGUACUAACACUUAAUGCUAACGACAGAAACACUGUCUAACACACAUUUUAAUCGUCAUGAAUGAUGAGGCGAAAUGGUGCUCAGUGGGUUCCAAUCUCGGCUCAGACGUCUCUGUGUGGAUUUAUCAGGUUCUUCCAGUGCUUGGGUAGCUUUCUUUUCACAUCAUAUCCAUGUUAGGUUCUUUGGUGACUCAAAAUUAUCCAUAAGUGUGAAUAUGAUUGCUUGUUUAUGUGUCGUGUGAUCAGGCUAAAUUUGCAAACACGAAUAAGGAAUUAUUUUGUCAUGUGACUUGGCUGUCUCCAUACGUUUCACAUUGCCGUGAUGACAGCCAUGUUAAUGUUGGAACCCAUUUAUUGGGCGUAUCAGCAUAUUGAGAACGAAAUAGGCACUGACACUACCCAUAUCCACGCAGCUUUUAUUUGUCGAAAAUAUAUUUUGCCCUUUCAGUUGGAUGACACAUCAAAAUACAGGCUAACGGGGGUAAUAUAUGCCCGUUAGCCUGUAUGUCGAUGUGUCAUUGACUGGGCUAGCAUGCUAAGCUUUCGUUGCAUGAAGUUAAAGUUAGGUGUGGUGAAAUUUGUCCUCUGCAUUUGACACAUCCCCUUGGGGAGCAGUGGGCAGCAGCGGCGCCGCGCCCGGGAAUCAUUUUGGUGAUUUAACCCCCAAUUCCAACCCUUGAUGCUGAGUGUCAAGCAGGGAGGUAAUGGGUCCCAUUUUUAUAGUCUUUGGUAUGACUCGGCUGGGAUUUGAACUCCAACCUACCGAUCCCAGGGCGGACACUCUAACCACUAGGCCACACAUACUAGCUUUGAUAGACAAGAUCAUAGAUUGUAUUGGACAAUAUACACUACCAUUCAAAAGUUUGGGGUCACAUUAAAAUGUCCUUAUUUUUCAAUGAAGAUAACUUUAAACUAGUCUUAACUUUAAAGAAAUACACUCUAUACAUUGCUAAUGUGGUAAAUGACUAUUCUAGCUGCAAAUGUCCGGUUUUUGGUGCAAUAUCUACAUAGGUGUAUAGAGGCCCAUUUCCAGCAACUAUCACUCCAGUGUUCUAAUGGUACAAUGUGUUUGCUCAUUGGCUCAGAAGGCUAAUUGAUGAUUAGAAAACCCUUGUGCAAUCAUGUUCACACAUCUGAAAACAGUUUAGCUCGUUACAGAAGCUACAAAACUGACCUUCCUUUGAGCAGAUUGAGUUUCUGGAGCAUCACAUUUGUGGGGUCAAUUAAACGCUCAAAAUGGCCAGAAAAAGAGAACUUUCAUCUGAAACGCGACAGUCUAUUCUUGUUCUUAGAAAUGAAGGCUAUUCCACAAAAUUGUUUGGGUGACCCCAAACUUUUGAACGGUAGUGUAGUUUACAUACGAAAUGUCCAUUUCCAUUUAAUACAAGUAAUAAGAAAACGUAAAGGCCUUACUUACCUAUCAAGGAGGAAAGUAUCAGUUGAAAAAAUAUUCUCCGCCUUCAAUCGUCUCCCUCUUUCAAAGGCACCCCCGACAUAAGUCCUCGUUUUGUUCCUGGCUUUGUCAUGAAUGAGUUGAGAAUCGUAACGACGCCUUUUAGAUUUACUAAAGUCUGACAUGUUUAGUAACUUUACCAGUGGCAGUAGAUAUAAACAAAGAUGGCAGUGUGUAACAAGCAACCUGGAUGUGACACACUCAGGGACUUUCUAAUUGGUCAAACGGUGGAGGGUGGGGCAUCGAAAUUAAAACAUUAACAAUAUUUCGGGGCUGUAAGUCUAAUUUUGAAAUGAGCAUAUCCCGGCUGAACUACUGUUAUCAGUUAUAGAGGUAUUUGAAAAUAACAUGAUUCCGGCUUCCUCCCACCUCCAAAGACAUGCGUCUGGGGAUAGGUUGAUUGGCAACACUAAAUUGGCCCUAGUGUGUGAAUGUGAGUGUGAAUGUUGUCUGUCUAUCUGUGUUGGCCCUGCGAUGAGGUGGCGACUUGUCCAGGGUGUACCCCGCCUUCCACCCGAAUGCAGCUGAGAUAGGCUCCAGCACCCUCCGCGACCCCGAAAGGGACGAGCAGUAGAAAAAGGAUGGAUGAUUUAUUAAUGCCUUUUGACAUAUCAGGGCCACUUAAUGAUGACUCGACGUGAAAUUAUUACAUAUGACACCUUUUAAAAAAAAAAAAAAAAAAAAACGGGAUUUUUUUUCUAUCACGCUGAUACAGAUUUAAGAAAAUACAUUCCAAGAACCUUUCACUGAUCUGCAGCUAUUUAGGGGUAUAUAUGAACUAUAUGUUUGAUGAUUAAAAAGUCCUUCAAUAGUACUCCUUUAAAAGUAACCGAUUUUAAGUAAGAGGUCUUAUAUUUUGGGGGGUAAUCUGUUACUGAGGUGUUAUUUCAGCCUCUUCUUAAAGGCAUGCAUACUGCUUGAUGUAAUGUGGUUGUUGGAGACAACCACGGGGAAGGGCUUUCCAUAUUGUAAUAUCUGAGCUCUUGUUGAGGCAAUUGGUGUUCAACUUUGGGAUUUCCAGAGUAUGGCUUGGUGGUACCAUACUGAGAUGUAGGCCGGGGGUAGCAGCGCUUUAAAAUCCACAGGACAGCUGGGGGUGUGCAUUUAUUUUAUAAAGUUCAGUUAAUCACAUGUUAUGUUAAUCACAUCUUUAAAAAUCAAAAACCUAACUGUUUUUUUUACAUGUUUUAAAAAGCUGGUUUCAACCGAAUCCAUGUAAUUGUUUUUUAGUGCUUGUAUGCCAAGUGUGUGUGUAUGGGGCGACAAUGGGUUUCGGGGGGGAUAGGGGGCAAUGUGUAUGGAAGCCAAGAAUUUGUUGCCUCUCACCCAAGUCAGCUGGUAAUUAGUUCUAUAAUUAAUUUAAAGUUCAUCACAUUCCAUGCACAUGCCCAAUCCGCAGUGGCCAUGUUUACAUUUAUAGAUUGCAUUUUGAGUACUGUUGUGGCUAAUAGAAGAAAAUACAAACAUUUUUCAAACAUGAAGUCACAAAUGCACGUGCAUCUCUUGUCGAACUUCAUAAUAUCCAUUUGUUGGUUGCAAAACGUAGGGGAAAAAAUGAAAUACACUAAAAAUAUGAAAGGAAUAUGCUAUUGUUAUCUUAACAAAGAGAUUACUCCCUUGAGGUACUGUCUGCUGCUUUUUCUGGUCGACCCAGCUGCUGUUUCCUUUCAAACAAAACCAAAGUUAGCCCAGCAUAUUUUUUAAAAAUUGUAUAUUUUCUUUCUUUUUCUCAAGCUGCUGUACGUUUCCUAGAGCAUGCAUGCCCCCCACCUAAACCCACUGCCUUAACACAUUCAUUCAGACAUCAGUGUUGAAUGUGAAUCCAAUAUAGAAUACUGAUCUUGAUUUUGCCACACUGUCUUAAAAAAUGAUUGGUUUGGGAACAUGAUCUUUUUCUGAAAGAUGAACUUUGUAACUAUUUUUACUAACAAUCAUGACCGUGGGUUUAGGCGCUGUGAUUUAAUUCUUUAUGCCUAAGUAUGUAAUGAAAACUUUGUUUUGUUAUUUGCAAGCAGUUUAAUUCCAGAGGUUACAGAAGGCAAACAACCCUUUUCCAACAUUGUUUUAUGUAAACAAUUAUGCAAAGGUUAAUCCUUAUUAUUAACCAUUGGCGUUGUUAGGCCUAUUUUAGGGGGGCUCAAGCCCCCCUAAAAUGUUCUUAAGCCCCCCUAAAUAAUUUGGUGUUAAAAAAAAAAAAAAAAAAAAAAAUUUUUUUUUUUCUUCUUUCAAAUACAUGCCGACAUCUUCAUUAUAAAGUGGCCAGAAUAUGAGUUGAAAUAAAUAAUCAUAUAACCUGUCAUUAUUCACUCAGUUUCCCCUCACUUCAUAGUGUAAGGUAGAGAGCCCCUUUAGUGUGUCGGUAUCCAAUCCAUUCCACUUGUUCAUAUAGAAAAUGCCCACAUCACUCAAAAUCCAGUCCGCAUUUUCUCUGCGACCUUGCUUGCGGUCCUGCAGGUGUACGAAGCACAUUAGCAAGAACAACAACAAGAACCUUGUGUCUGCAAUUGUAAAUAAUUUAGUUUUUAAGUUUUGUGUUUCUUGUAGAAUCUAUAUAAGGUAAUAUACAUUAGCCUAUUGUUAAAAUAAUGAAAACAUCAUUAAAUAUAUUUGUUUUAUUGUAUUGUUACAUUAAUAGCUGUUGUAAUAUUAUAGGAUGGCUUGUUAAACAUUUCAUAGGAUUUUCAGAGGGUGGAAAAACCAAGACAUUUAAUAUAAAAUGUAAAAUGAGUAAAUACAUCAAAAGAAAAAGAAAAACAAUGGUUAAAAGCCAUCGUCCCAGGGAGCAUUUAAUUUCGUCCCGUGCAUUUUUUUUCCCGUCCACGGGACGACGGGACUACACUAAUCUCAAGCCCUGGAAGUUACAUUUUAUUGUUUGCAUUAUUUGUUUCAGCAUUGCACUUUAAAGAUGGUCCCUCGAUCAGCUCUUUGACAGCUUUGGCUCUUUUUCAGAUCAGCAGACUAAGUCUUUCUUAUUUACAGUAUAUGUAAAUGUUUCUCAUUUCUAUUCAGACUUUCAUAUAUAUUUAAUUUCGUUAACGGCUUGCCAUAAUAUAUAUAUAUAUAUAUAUAUAAAUAUAUUAUAUACAAGCCAAAUGAUCCCGAUCCAGAUAUUACUGUAAUUCAAGUAAUUAAGUAAUAUUUCCAGGGCUUGAAUUUACAACCAUUUUAGUCACAUAUGUGCCCAAAAUGUAAUCUGUGCAACUUCAAAAUAUUUGGGAACAAACAAUUAUUGUAUUGUGAGCGAAAGUGGUGGCAUUAGCCUCUAAGUUGUGAAUGAAUAACAUAGAGGCUAAUGCCAUGACUUUCAUCAUGUUUCAGUGUAUCUUGAAGGAUCAUAAGUCAUUGUUUUUUGUUGAUGCUGUAAACAAAAUGUCACAUGUUUGUUGUUGUACUGAACACAGAUUGAAACUAAACUCACUGAAAUAAUAAUAAUAACAAUGAAUAAUUUCUAAGACCUUGUUAGCCGUUUGUGAAGUUUUGUGCUCGUGCGCUACGUUCGCUCGCAUCCUGUGCAUCUCCUGGGGGCUAAGCCCCCCCUGUCCUUAAAAGCUAGUGACGCCCCUGUAAUUAACCAUUUGACCUAUUACAUUUGUAAUUGAAUAAUAAAUGAAACACAUUGUUAGUUAAAGCACCUUUUUGUUUUAAUGUGUGCCCACAUUUGCAGUCUUAUUAUACAUUUGUGUAUUUUUUGGGGGAAAAAAAACAUUUGUCUUUCGUUCACUUUCUAUAAUGUCAGACAUUAUUCUGUAACUUGCUUGUUUUAGCUUUUUUCUUGUACUACGGGAUCGAGCUGUGAGAAAAUAAAUGUCAUAAUUGGUUAAAUGUUUUUGAUGUG